UUUCCCAAAUCAGUCGUAUUCGAACCACAUUAGACUUGAUAUGGCGUUAACGUACAUUCUCUUUCAAGUGGCUGUUGCCCUACUAGCGAUAGUUACUUACUAUCUUCAUCGCAAAUUAACAUAUUUUAAGCGUCGAGGGAUUCCAUUCGAUACACCACAUCCGAUAAGGGGAAACCUGGCGGAAUUACAAAUAUCUAAGAACUUUCACGAAUGCCUUCAGGAUCACUACAACAAAUUCCGGGAGAGCAAAGCUCCUUUUGUGGGAUUUUACCUCUUCCAGAAUCCUGCUGCCUUCGUUAUGGAUCUGGAACUGGCCAAACAUAUAUUGAUCAAAGACUUCUCAAACUUCUCUAACAAGGGAAUGUUCUACAACGAAAAAGAUGAUCCCAUAUCUGCACAUCUCUUCAAUCUGGAUGGCCCUCAGUGGCGUUUGCUUAGGAAUAAACUAUCGUCGACUUUCACAUCUGGUAAAAUGAAAUUCAUGUUUCCAACCGUAGUUUCCGUUGCCGAUGAAUUCAUGACCGUAAUGCAUGAAAAGGUAUCAAAAAACGAUGUACUGAAUAUUCGUGAUCUGGUGGCCAGAUUCACAGUGGAUGUCAUCGGUACCUGUGCCUUUGGCAUCAAGUGCAACAGUCUACGAGAUGAAAAGGCCGAGUUCCUAGACUUUGGAAAACGAUCUUUGGUGGAAAAGCGACAUGGUACUAUAAUACUCGGGUUUAUGCGAAGCUAUCCAAAGCUGGCCAGGAAAUUGGGUUUUGUUCGAACUCCUCAGCAUAUUCAGGACUUCUAUCGCAGAAUUGUCACUGAGACUGUGGCGAUGCGAGAAAAGGAGAAUAUUAAACGGAACGAUUUCAUGGAUAUGCUCAUCGAAAUGAAAAACCAAAAGGAAGUUACUCUGGAGAAUGGCGAAGUGGUCAAAGGUUUAACCAUUGAUGAGGUCCUUGCCCAAGCAUUUGUGUUCUUCAUUGCUGGAUUCGAGACCUCCUCCUCCACCAUGGGCUAUGCCUUAUACGAACUGGCUAAGAAUCCAGACAUUCAAAAUAAGGUUAGAGCUGAAGUAGAGGAGGUCCUGGAACAGCAUGACCAAAAGUUUACUUACGAAUGCACCAAGGAUCUCAAGUACCUGAAUCAGGUUAUAAGUGAAACUCUACGUCUCUACACGAUUGUGCCCAAUCUGGAUCGGAUGGCCGCUAAGCGUUAUGUGGUUCCCGGUCAUCCGGAGUUUGUAAUCGAGGCUGGUCAGUCGGUUAUCAUUCCCGCAUCUGCUAUUCAUCGCGAUCCCAGCAUCUAUCCCGAACCCUUGGAGUUCCGUCCUGAGCGAUUCACCCCAGAGGAAAUAAAAAAUCGUCCUUCAGUUGCCUGGUUACCCUUCGGAGAUGGUCCUCGAAACUGCAUUGGUCUGAGAUUCGGACAGAUGCAGGCUCGUAUUGGACUGGCUCUACUCAUCAAGAACUUCAAGUUCUCCACAAGCUCGAAAACCUCAGAUCCCCUGGUCUACGAUCCCAAGUCAUUUGUACUCGGUCUGAAAGACGGAAUCUAUCUGAAAUUGGAGGCAAUCUAACCAGGAUGUUGAGGCCGAUUAAAGCAACGCCAAAGUUUUAUAAAAAUACUAUAUAGAAAGAUAUUAAUUUGUAUUCUGUACUCAUAUAACCUAGUUCUCAUAGAAUUAAUUUGUAUUCUGUACUCAUAUAAUCUAGUUCACAUAGAAUUAUAUUGGGGCAGGUCUAUACCCCUUGGUCAAUAA